AUGAGUGAGAAGUUACUUUCAUUGAGCACAAGGCUUAAUAUGAGUGAAGAUGAAAAUAAAGGACUUCAUGUGGACUUAGUUAAGUCCAUGGCUCAAAUUGUUGGGAUUGAGGAGGAAAAGAAGUCCCUCCAUGACAAGGUGAGCUUCCUUGAGGGAGAGUACAAAGGGAUUUUAGAGUUUAAGAAGGGUCUUGAGUUUAAGAUUAUCAAAGUUGAUAGAGUUCUUAAUGAGUCACAAGAGCUCUUAAAAAGACAUUCCCAAAAUACCGAAAAGCUUGAUAAAAUGUUGGCUAUAGGGAAAAGUGUUGGUGACAAAAGAGGAUUAGGUUUCACUAAUGAACACAACACUUUCACUUCUUCCAAGAUUGUGUUUGGAAAGGGUGAUCCCAACCCAAUACCUCCACAAGUAAGCACAAGUCCUAAAACAACUAAUAAUGGUAAGGGUAAGCAAGAAAAGAAGUUGAUUAAAAAGAAAACCCAAACCAAGUUAUUUGUGUAUUUUACGUGUGGUGAGCAUGGUCGCUAUAGUGCACAUUGCAUUCACAAUAAAUAA